AUGGAGCUCAUCACCCUCGACAACUUCGCAGCCAUCAUGCCGGCUUGGCACCCAGGCCUCAGCAAUCACUUGUAUGCCCUGGUUGAUAUGGGCAGCAAUGGCAUCCGCUUUACCAUAUCUGAUCUCACGCCGCCAAGGUCGCGAUUACUACGAUGUAUAUAUCGCGAGAGGGCUGACAUUUCGCUCUUCGAUGCCCUAAGCACAACGCCUCCCGGAGAGCCUCUCCGAUUCCCUGAAGAGGUCAUUUUCCGGGUGCCAAAGGUCUUGUCCCGGUUCAAGGGAAUUGCUUUAGCUUACGGCGUUCCUCUUGAGCACAUAUCCAUCUUCGCCACAGAAGCCAUGCGCAAGGCCAGCAACGCUGCCGCGAUGUUGGAGGCCAUAUACGCUGCGUCAGGGCUACAAGUCCAGGUCAUCGCACCAGAGGUCGAGACACUGUUCGGUGCCAUGGGUGCGAGGAGUGCCUAUGGACACGUCAAGGGCUUGUUUCUUGAUCUCGGCGGUGGGUCUGUUCAGAUGAGUUACAUCGAUACGCGCCUCGACAACUACGAGCUUCAAGCUGCCCGCUACGGCAAGAGUCUACCUUUUGGAGCAGCUAGAUUAAGUAACAUAUUGAGAAAUCAGAAUACAGACACCCAAGCACUAGCCCGCAACGAACUCCAAGAUGGCGUCUUGCGAUCUUUCACCGAUCUCCGUCAGCAGUAUCAGAGUCUCGCGGACACACAAGCAGAAGGUGGCGAUGGCAUCGAUCUUUAUCUUUGUGGCGGCGGCUUCCGUGGCUAUGGAAGCAUGCUCAUGCACAGCGAUCCGAUACAGCCAUAUCCCAUCCCAACGAUAGGCGGCUACACUGUAGAUGGCCAAAGAUUCCGCAACGUAGUUGCCCUCAGAGAAAUCAAUGCAACACAUGACGGAAAGAUCUCGGGAAUGUCGAAGAGAAGGCGUCUACAGUUCCCUGCAGUUGCAGAAGUCGUGGAAGCCCUAGCAGCUGCGAUACCCAGGAUCCGUUCUGCCACAUUUUGCAGUGGUGGCAAUCGGGAGGGGGCCUUGCUCAUGAGACUUCCGGGGUCGAUCCGCGAAUCUAAUCCUCUCUCUACUCUGACGCAAGCGCAGGACGAGACCAGAGGGGAAGUGGCAAAGGCUGUUCUGGAAAUCCUGGAGGCUGCUGUGCCAGCAGUUGUCCGCCAAUGGAUCCCUACCAUAUUCUCUCUCCGAGUAGCGCCUCUAUUCAUCGACAGGAUAUGGUCCCGCCAGGGAGACCCUGAAGAGUCCAACGCCGCACUUGAGCUCCGCCACAGCCUCACCUUUGACCCGAAUUGUCCGGGUUUGACAAAUAUUGCCAGAACGGUGCUCGCCUUGACAACCAGUGCCCGGUGGAGCACAAAGCAAGCCCCUGCUGACGAAGUUCUCCAUCAGAACUUGCGAGCGCUUGCAAGUUCGGCGCACCCAGAGGCUGUCUUUUGGGCAGAGUACAUUGGCACUGUUGCCGCCACGCUAUGCAAAAUCGUGCCAGUGGCCCCCGUGGCACCUGGUUCCUUGAGAGCCGCCCUUGGUAUUGAUGCAAAUUUAUCCGAACCCGUAUCGGAGGGCCUACCUAAAGUCCUCAAGUUGCAGCUGACGGUCCCCGAGACCACCCGUCAGGCUCUCGGAUAUGAUACUCUGGUCGAAUCGCUGAAGCAAUUGGGAAAGCAAAAAAUUGGGUUAUCUACCAUCAGCCUGAAAGUCGAGGUGGAAGUCAGUGCUUCCUAG